AGGGAAAUAGUGAAGCAAACACUUCCUAUUGAAGUUAAGAGUUAUAUCAUUUCACGUUAUUGAUUGGUUUACGAGUUUCGUUUAAUAUUUGUUCCUCACAGAUCUUAACACUUUAAAGUUCAAUCUCCCCAUUUUCCAUAUCAUACGCUAACAAAUUAAGAAUAUAUAAAAGAAGAUGAGGUCUUCAAUCAUAUUUCUUUGCAUUCUGGUGUAUCUGAACGUGGUAGCUGCGGAAUUGUCAGCUUACGACGUUCUUGAGAAAUACGAUCUCCCAGUUGGGCUUCUUCCAAAAGGUGCCACAGGGUAUGAAUUAAACGAAAAAAACGGGCACUUCACAGCGUAUUUGAAUGGAACAUGCUACUUCAGCAUAGAGUCGUAUGAGCUAAAGUACAAGUCCACCAUCAAGGGAGUGAUCUCCAAGGGCAAGUUGUCGAAGCUGAAAGGUGUUAGUGUGAAGAUUGAAGUGUUGUGGCUCAAAAUCGUGGAGCUAACUCGCGACGGCGAUGACCUCCAAUUCUCGGUGGGUGUUGCCUCUGCUGGCUUCAGCGUCGACAGCUUCUCCGAGAGCCCCCAGUGUGGCUGUGGAUUCGCUUGCGACAAUUUCAAUCAAAAUGGUGAUGUUUCUUCUCUUUAGAAUUCGGAUCUGUUACUAUGUUUUUUCCGUCCUUAAUUAAUUAUUGAACAGCAUCAUCAUGUUGUUUUCCUUUGCGUAAAUUAUGACUAUGGUAGACACCAGACAAAUUGAUGUAAGACAACUAGCAUUGGCUGCAUCCCCAAUUUGGCUUGUCGUCAAGUUUUACUUUUCUCAGCUAACCUUGUCCCUGGGUUUUUAGAUAACAUGGAUAUCCUCUAAUCAUUCUAAAUUCUCUUAUUAA